AUGCGUAUAGAGAAGGGACGUUAUUUUGCAUGUUCGUUAUGUAGAAAGAAACAAGAUUGUACUGUUCAUAUCGAGGAGGAAGACUGGAAGAAGGAGAAUGUCCGCAAAAGAAAUGAAAAGUACUAUGCUCUUAUUCCUAAAAUUGAUAAACCCGCGGCGUGGAAAAACUUCAAUGAGAUUAAAUCAAAGCAUGCAACCAACAGAGCAUAUUGCAAUAAUUGCCAAGAGUUAUACAUUUUUUCACAAACCAAGAAACAUUUGAAGGAUCACAAAGUUGUCACUUCACUUACCGAUGAACAACUUGCUAAUCCAACCACAUGGUUACCACCUCUUGAGAAUGAUCAAAGGGAAGCACAAUAUUUAUUUUCCAAGAAGUCAAUCAGUACAGUUUUGGGAAUAUUGAAAAAUAAUAACAUUAGGAACAUCCUAUGUGUGGGGACUCCAUCAGUACAUGAGGUGGCACAGGCACAUCCUGACUAUGACUCUUUACUUCUGGACUAUGACACACGUCACCACCUGUUUCAUGCACCUAACAAAUUCCUCUGGUAUAACAUGUUCAACAAUUACCUGUUUAAUGGAAAUGAGGAUGAAAAAGUCCUGACGAAAUUUUUCAAAAGUUCAAAAGAUAGAGGUUUAUGCAUUGUCAUGGACCCUCCGUUUGGUGGCAGGGUGGAGCCAUUGGUACAGACCAUCAGAGAACUGUCCACUGUGUAUAGGAAAGUUUGUGAUGGAGAGGGACUGUUGCCUGUCAUCUGGGCUUUUCCUUAUUUUUCCGAACCCUAUAUUCAAAAUCUUGAGCCGGAAAUAAACAUGCAUGAUUAUCGGGUCGAAUAUCGCAACCACAAGAGGUUCCAAAGCGGCGGCGUGAAGCUCGGCUCGCCGGUGCGUUUCUUCACGAACCUACCCUUUGCGUCCAUUAACCUCUCAAACGACAGCAACUACAAACACUGCGACAAAUGCAAGUGCUGGGUGGUGCAGAGCAACGCGCACUGCAACAAGUGCAGGCGUUGCACGAGCAAGCACGGCGCUACGUAUAAGCACUGCAACGUCUGCAAACGCUGCGUGAAACCGACCUACGAGCAUUGCAAGGCCUGUGAUCGGUGUUGCCAUGUUAAACACCAGUGCGGUGUGGUCGUCGAGUCUCAGUCUUGUUACAAGUGUAAUGAGAAGGGGCACAAACAAUCACAGUGUCCAGUAUCAGAAGACAUCACUAAGAAGAAACGUAAAAAUGCU